AUGGGGUCCAUCCUGUGCUGCCUGCGCGGCCCCGACGACGACGACGAGGCGCCGGGUUGCUGCGCCUGCCUGCCAUGGCCAGCCAGAGCGUACACACGGGUUGCGCCGGUUCCUCCCGAGGCCUCCACCGGCUCAGGCCAGGAGGAUCCAUUGAACACCUUCCGCCCCCCUCCUAGGCCUUUGCCUUACGAUGAUCCUCGGUUCAGGCAUCCCACGGAGAAAUCUAUUCUGCUCGGAGAGAGAAGCAAUGCUGACACCGGAUCGACUGACGAUGGUGAUGAGAAGGCUGAUGGACCGUCGUCCCUGGAAGCUCCGCCGGGAGGGGGGAAACCCGGGGGAACUCAAGUCUGUGUUGAUUGUGACGAGGAUGACUGCCCGAUAUGCCUCGAAGAGUAUGACUACGAGAAUCCGAAGAUCCUGCUGCAAUGCAACCAUGAUUUCCAUCUUGGUUGCAUCUACGCGUGGAUGGAGAGAAGCCAGUCUUGCCCGGUGUGUACCGUGGUAAUGAUGUUCAAAGAGGACCAGUGA